AUGACCCCGGGCCUUUCCGAACCUCGAGAAGAAGAAUUGCCAAGGAAAGAAGACAAGAUGACGGACAACCAAUCGGAGACACAGGGACACGACUCGGGUGCCCCCAGGACGACCAGGUUUCGCUUCAAAUCCAAGUCGUCCCGGUCAUCACGGCGGCGCGAGGGAGAGGAAGACGAUGACGGCCGCCGCCGCCGCCAUCGGCAUAGAUCUCGAUCGCGUUCCCGCGACAGGGACGGAGGCAGCGACGACGAACCACGACGAUCACGGCGGCGUGGCGACCCGGACGGAGACCAUGACCGUCACCGGCGCCAUCACCGACGCCACCACCACCGCCGGCGCAAACAUCGCUCCAAAUCCCCCUCACCCGCUCAAGACCCCAACGCCGACGACCCCUUCCAACCCGCCCCGCUCUCCCCCACCACCGCCUUCCGCGAAUCCCUCUUCGACGCCAUGGCCGACGACGAAGGCGCCGCCUACUGGGAAUCCGUCUACGGCCAGCCCAUCCACAUCUACCAACACCCCAACACCACCUCCACCAGUGAUAACGGCGACGGCGUCCCCCGCGCCGCCUCCCUCCUCGACCGCAUGACCGACGAGGAGUACGCGGACUACGUGCGCCAGAAGAUGUGGGAGAAGACGCACGCGGGGCUGCUGGAGGCCCGCGCCCGCCGCCAGGCCCAGCGCGCCGCGGCCGAGAAGGAGGCCGCCGAGCAGGCCCGUGUCGAUCGCGAGAUGGAGCGCUGUCUGCGUCGCGGGGAGGAGAGGCGCAGGAGAAAGGGGUGGCGGGUCAGGUGGGAGGGGUAUGUCCAGCGGUGGGCGGAGUGGGAGGGGGGGAAGGGAGAGGGGGAGGGUGAGGGUGGGGUUUUUCCGUGGCCCGUGUUGGAGGAGGGUGGGAUUCGUGAUGGGGCGGGGGAGGUGCGGGUGGAAGAGGUGAGGGCGUUUUUUGUGAAGGGGAUUGGGUUGGAUGAAGUGGGGGAGAAGGAGUUUGCGGCGAGGCUGAAGGAGGAGAGGGUGCGAUGGCAUCCGGAUAAGGUGCAGCAGCGGCUUGGGGGGACGGUGGAUGAGAAGGUUAUGAGGGAUGUGACGGCUAUUUUUCAGGUCGUGGAUGCGUUGUGGAAUGAUACCCGGAAGAAGAGCGGCUAG